GGCUAGUAGAUACUAGCACAGAUAGCAAAGACAGUCAAAGAAGAAGUGUCACGUCACUAAACAUUCAAAGUCAUUAUCACAACAUGUCACUCAACUAAUCUAAAUUCAACAUGCAAAAUUUUUCGUGAAAAUUUAGCUGUGCGACACAGCCCGGUUAUUCUUCCAUCAUCAUGAAACGAUCAUCGUUAAGAAACUUAAUUAAAUAUUGUCGUUACAUCCACAAUAUUCCUACACCAAUUCGAUAUUCCAAGCCACGAAUUCCAAAGGGAGAUGCAGGAAAGCAAAAGCAAGAUAGAGAUAUUCGGAUUUUAGCACGAAUAGGACUAACGAGCAUCUAUGCGAUCAUAAUAAGUUCCUAUCUUUGGGUAAAAAGAAACCAUGAUGAUAGUCCCAUUGAAGAUGAGUACUAUUUGGGUGUCAAGCCGGGAUGCGAGUUCAAGGAUUUAACGACGAAGCCUGCUUCAGCUGCAAUUCAAGAUACGGUGGAAGCAAAAGAAGGAGAAAACCCAGGAUCCCUCGCACCAGUGAGUCAACCAGGAAUCGAAAACGACCCCAAAGAAGGCACCCUUCGUGAACGUUACAACUUCAUCAACAAAGUAGUGAACCACUGCGCUCCAGCAGUGUUUUACCUGGAGAUCAGAGAUCCUUACACGAAGUACCUGGAAACUGGCGAAUCGGUCAUAACUUCAAACGGUUCAGGGUUCGUGAUUAGCGAGGAUGGUUGGGCUCUCACCAAUGCGCAUGUCGUGCUGAAUAAGCCACAGUCGACCAUUACCGCUUUUAUGAGGGACGGCAAAAGCUAUAAGGUAUAUGUAGAAGAUGUAGACGUGAACCUGGAUCUAGCUUUGUUAAAAUUAGAAUCGCUAGAGAAACUACCUAGCUUGCAGUUCGCCUCAGUAGGCGAUACAGCUAUUGGAGAAUGGGUAGUAGCGUUGGGAAGUCCUUUGUCCCUUAGUAACUCGGUUACUGUUGGCAUAGUGAGCUGUGUGGAUCGUCCAGCAGAAGAACUAGGUCUGAAGAACUAUUCGAUGACUUACAUACAAACAGACGCCUCGAUAACGUUUGGCAAUUCCGGAGGCCCAUUGGUUAAUCUGGACGGUCACGUGAUUGGCAUCAACAAUCUUAGGAUGACGUCAGGCAUUUCGUUCGCAAUUCCUGUCGAAUACGUAAAGAAGUUUCUGGAGCAGAGCAGCUGACAACUUGAUAGACAACUGUAGAGCUGGUUGCUUUUACAUAUCUCGGGGAAAGAUGACAGGACUACUUGACAGUGACAACAAUUAUAACCUAAAAAUAUUAAUGAGGAACAAAAACAAUACCUGAAAAUUGGGGUUUCGUUAAUAAAAAUAUUAGAAAUAUGGAAUUGCCUUCACUAGGAAAACAAUGUGCCGAACCUACGUGUCUGCAGCUAGAUUUUCUGCCACUAAAUUGCAAAUGCGGGCAAAUUUUCUGUUCAGAUCAUUUCAAAGUCCAUACACAGAUCUGCCAGGUUUCAAAAAAUCUUACUGAAGAUGAGCUCAAACAGAUAGAAAAUGUAUUUGUAUGUUCACAUUCAAACUGCAACGAAAGGAGUGUAGUACCUUUGGUUUGUGAGAGGUGUCAUAAACAUUUCUGCAUCAAACAUAGGCAUUUAACAGGUUGUGAAGAAAAAAGUGCUGAGAAACUUGCUGCUGAGAAAGAACGAUAUGCUGCACCUGUUAGGAGGUUUAAUGAGGUCAAGGAUAUUGUAGAUAAACAGCUUGAAUCAAAACUAGAUGCUGCCAAAAAGAAACCUAAAAACCGUGCUACAGCUAAUAAGAUCCAACUAAUGAAGUUAAAGGGAAAAGCAACAGGAGUCAAGUCAAUUGCCCAAAUGAAUAGGCUAUACUUCAGUGUGUCAAAAAUAGAUGGUAAUACAGAGAAAGCAGUAGCAGUUUUUGUCUCAAAUCAGUGGUCACUAGGGAGAGCUAUUGAUAGCAUUGCUGAUGAAAUGAAGUUACAGAACAAUAAUAACAAGAGUGGUGAGAAAAAACUGAGGCUGUUUAAGAAAGAAGACAAAGAAAUACUGACACAAAACAUGUCAGUUAAUCUGAGUGCACUUUUAGAGGACAAUAUAAUUGUUGAUGGUGAUAGUCUUAUUAUUGAAUAUGUUGAUGACGAUUGUAUAAAGUUGUGAAGAUUAAAAGAUAAAUAUAUUUUAUGAAGUUUA